CACCCCUCCACCCUCCCGCUCCUGGGAAAGAGAGAAGGAGCCGCGGCCGGUGGGGAGAGGAGCUACUCGGCGCCAGCGGGAGGGGACCGCGCCUGCCGCACCUGGGGUCACAAGCACGGCCAGAUCCAGGGAUAUGAUUUUUCCUUGAGGACUGCUUUAGCUACAUCCCAGAAAUUUUGGUUUCAAAAUAUCUUCCUUUGCUUAUAAGUCCUUCAGACUGCUUGUCCUCCAGGAACUAAUCAAUGGAUUUUUAUCAUCUGAUUGUGCAUUAGGAGCAUGAAUAUGGUGCCAAAAGACCUUCUUCCACUUCUCUGACUAUGGUCCAAGCUUGAUUCAGUGAUUCAUUUGGAUAUAUUUCUGUUUUAAAGAGAGAAGUUCACAUUGUUGCCAUUCACCUGGCAGAAAGACUACAUUGUAAGAACAUGGACCAUACUAAUAGGGAAAAAGAUGAAAGACAACGUACAAGUAAACCCAUGGCACAAAGGAGCGGACAUCCUUCUCGACCAUCUAGUUCCACUUCAUCAUCUGGGGUUCUUAUGGUGGGACCCAACUUCAGGGUUGGCAAGAAGAUAGGGUGCGGGAACUUUGGAGAGCUCAGAUUAGGUAAAAAUCUCUACACCAAUGAAUAUGUAGCGAUCAAACUGGAACCAAUAAAAUCACGUGCCCCACAGCUUCAUUUAGAGUAUAGAUUUUACAAACAGCUCGGCAAUGCAGCUGAAGGCCUACCCCAAGUAUAUUAUUUUGGGCCAUGUGGGAAAUACAAUGCCAUGGUACUGGAGCUUCUUGGCCCUAGCUUGGAGGACUUGUUUGACCUCUGUGACCGAACGUUUACUUUGAAGACUGUGUUAAUGAUAGCCAUCCAGUUGAUUUCUCGAAUGGAAUAUGUGCACUCAAAGAACCUCAUUUAUCGAGAUGUCAAGCCAGAGAACUUCCUGAUUGGCCGACAAGGCAACAAGAAGGAGCAUGUUAUACACAUUAUAGACUUUGGCCUGGCCAAGGAAUACAUUGACCCUGAAACCAAAAAACAUAUACCAUACAGGGAACACAAGAGUUUAACUGGAACAGCAAGAUAUAUGUCCAUCAAUACCCAUCUUGGCAAAGAGCAAAGCCGAAGGGAUGAUUUGGAAGCCUUAGGCCAUAUGUUCAUGUAUUUCCUUCGAGGCAGCUUACCCUGGCAAGGACUCAAGGCUGAUACAUUGAAAGAAAGGUAUCAGAAGAUCGGAGACACCAAAAGGAAUACUCCAAUUGAAACUCUCUGUGAGAACUUUCCAGAAGAGAUGGCAACAUACCUUCGAUAUGUCAGGCGAUUAGAUUUCUUUGAGAAACCAGACUAUGAUUACUUACGGACACUCUUUACAGAGCUCUUUGAAAGGAAAGGCUACACCUUUGACUAUGCCUAUGACUGGGUUGGAAGGCCAAUUCCUACUCCAGUAGGGUCAGUUCAUGUAGAUUCUGGUACAUCUGCAAUAACCAGAGAAAGCCACGCACACAGGGAACGGCCAUCCCAACAACAACCUCUUCGAAACCAGCAGAAUGCAUCGACAGAUCGUCGAGGAGAGUGGGAAAUCCAGCCCAGCCGGCAGACAAAUACCUCGUACCUGACUUCUCACUUGGCUGCAGACCGGCAUGGGGGAUCAGUGCAGGUGGUAAGCUCAACGAAUGGAGAGCUGAACGUCGAUGACCCAACGGGAGCACACUCCAAUGCACCCAUCACAGCGCAUGCCGAGGUGGAGGUAGUGGAGGAAGCUAAGCACCCAUCAAUAGGAAACAUAGAAAGCUGCCUGAAAAUGCUCAACUUGUGGUGCUGCUGUUUCUUUAAGAGGAAAAGGAAGAAGACUGCCCAGCGCCACAAGUGACCAGUGCCUCCCAGGAGUCCCCUCCCCUCCCCCAAUCCCUGGGGACUCUUCAGUUGCACCUGCAGCUCCUGCCAUUGCUCGUUAGAAAGGACUCCUCUCUGGGAGGAGAGUGGAAGAGGAGAGGGUGGAGAUCAAAAACCAAAAAGAGAAGAAAACAGAUGCCCCAGAGGAAGCCAGCAUGGGGUUGGCCAGUGCUGAAUCGGGUCACCGCUUAAUUACAAGCCGGAGGCUCUUUGUGGGAUCCAGACUCCAGGUGGCUCCACCACUGCUUGCACUUGGGGCUGCCUAGUUGACUCUCCUUCCCAUUGUUUACAGUGAAGGUGUCAUUCACAAAAA